AACAGUCCAAUUUGUGUUCAAGGUCUUUGCAACUCCUGGCUAGACGACGGAACGAUGGGCGUUAAUUACUACAAAAUUCUUCAGGUGGAUCGCAAUGCCAACGACGAUGACUUGAAGAAAGCGUACAGAAUGCUCGCCAUGAAAUGGCAUCCAGAUAAGAACCCUAACAACAAAAGGGACGCCGAAGCCAAAUUCAAGAACAUUUCGGAGGCUUAUGAUGUUUUGAGUGAUCCUCAAAGACGAGUUGUGUAUGAUCAGUUAGGAGAGGAGUAUUUGAAGGCGCAAACGCCAUUGCCAAAUGGUUCUUGCAGUAGCUAUACUAGCCAUGGUUCGUCGACUAAGUUUUGCCGUAACUCGAGAAGUGCCAAUGAUUUAUUUUCGGAAUUGUUCGGUUUUCCGAGCCCCUUCGAAGGGAUGAGCCACAUGAGUGACCCUCGUGCUGCUGCUUAUGGAUUUCCAAGGGGUUUGUUUGGUGAUAAUAUAUCUGCUUCCCUAAGACAUGGGGCUGGUGGGGCCUCUAGUUAUAUGAGGAAGGGUGCUGCAAUAGAGAAAAUUCUGCUGUGUAGUUUAGAAGAUCUCUUCAUGGGCUGUGUGAAGAAGAUGAAGAUUGCUAAGGAUGCCUUGGAUACUAUGGGGAGACCUACUACAGUGGAGAAAAUCUUGACAGUAGACAUCAAGCCUGGAUGGAAGAAGGGAACUAAACUUACCUUUCCAGAAUUAGGAGAUCAGCAACCAAGAGUUGUACCCUCGGACCUUGUUCUUACCCUUGAUGAGAUACCUCAUAGAGUUUUCAAAAGGGAUGGCAACGAUCUUAUUAUCACCCAAGAUAUCUCUCUGGUUGAAGCUCUAACAGGGUACACUGUGCAUCUAACAACUCUUGAUGGACGGAAUCUAACGAUUCCAAUCGAUUCAAUCGUUGGGCCGACUUAUGAAGAAGUCGUGAUCGGAGAAGGAAUGCCAAUUCCCAAGGAAGCUUCGGGGCAUGGGAAUUUGAGAAUCAAGUUCAACGUGAAGUUCCCGGUGGAACUGACUUCAGAGCAAAGAAUGGGCAUCCAUGAGUUAUUAACAUCUUCAUGAAAGAUGGUAACUAACUCAUUCUACUACUACUCGUCGUAUAUAUUAUUUCGUUUCCUUGCUAUAGGUAAUCUAAGAAGAGAAGUAAAUUCAUGCUUUGUUGGGUUUAAUAAAUGAAUGACGGUGGUUUAGGAG